AUGCCGUCUCAAAACCUCAGAGAGUCAAGAUUGAAAGUCGCCAUUAUCGGGGCCGGCCCAGCGGGAUUGGGAGCGGCCAUUGAAUUCAACAAGUUGCCGUUCGUGGAUUGGACAGUCUAUGAAAAAGCAAGCGCUGUCCGUGAAAUUGGAGCCGGACUCAGCAUUCAAUCCAACACCUGGCGCUUGCUCGAGUCGAUGGGCGCGGCCAAGAACCUGAAGCCCAAGGACUUUUUCCGACCUGCUGAUAAUCAUUCUGUACAACAUCGAAAUGGACGGACAGGAGAGUUACUUGUUUCGCAUGGCCAGCCAGGCACCCCUGAAAGCCAAUUGCAUGCGCGGGCGCACCGUGCGAAGCUACAGAAUGCGCUUUUGAAAGAAGUCGAUACCAAACAUAUCUCUCUCUCGAAGCGGCUCAUAAAGGUCACCCGGCAGGCCUCGGGAAGACAACUUAUUGAAUUCCAGGACGGGUUUAAAGAUGAGGUGGAUCUAGUUGUAGGCGCAGAUGGAGUUCGAUCAGUCGUACGGAGUUUUGCAUUUCCAGAUCAUCGGGUUUCCUAUACGGGUAGAACAUCAUACCGGACACUUAUCACCUCAGAGGAGGUAGCUCGCGUCCCAGAUGUGCCCAAUGCUGUCACAUUUUGGCAGGGGCCCAGUCAGUGGCUUUACACAUGUCCUCUCGGUGAUGGCUUGUUCGAGAUCACAACCAUGGUUAAUGAGCCUAACGAAGGGGGCGAGAAGGAGAAAGUGAGUUGGGGUCAAGAUGCUACAGUUGAACAGAUGACUCGACAUUUUAAGGAUUUUGCACCAAUCACAAAAGAUAUUUUAGCUCUUUCGAAAGACGUCAAACAGUACGCUCUUUUCGCCGGACCUAGAUUAGAAAGCGUCGUUGCCAAUGGCUCUGUGGCAUUGGUCGGAGAUGCUUCACAUCCUCUUUCUGGGGCCUUUGGCAACGGUGCAGGCUUCGCCCUGGAAGAUGUAUAUGCGCUUGCCGCAUCCAUUUCGUGGGCAUAUGAGCGUGACCUCAACUUAUCGGAGGGACUGAAUCUAUUCGAUCAAGUGCGUUCGCCGCACUACGCGAAGCUUUAUGGAAUCUUAGACGAGUUUGGAAAGACGGAUGCAUAUGUACGGGCAUCCAAUUUUGAUUUUGAUGGAGCUGUAAAGGUCUUGAUCGAACAGACCUGGAGCCAGAGACAUCACUGGUUAUAUGACUAUGAUGCGAGUCCCCUCUCCAAUGGAUCUACAAACGUGCCUGGACCCCGAUAG